CCCAAAAAGCUUGAGGUCCUUAUUUAUGAGUUGAUAUAUUACUUCACGGAAUUUUCUGUGCUUGCCAAAGUCUUCAUGAUGCUAAGAAAGCGAAAGAAACUUCUCGAAGUGAUGAAUUUAUUGAAUUGUGAGGCUUUUAAGACUAGUGAUGUUAUAAGUGCAGCAAUUAUAAAUAGAUACGUGUACAUAUAUACAAAUUAUUGGAAAGCGUACUCACUUUUGUCUCAUUUUGCUUAUUUUGCUCGAUCAAUUGGACCACUUGCCCGCUUUAUAUUAGAGACGAAUAUUGAAUUACCGGUAUGAAAAUACUAUUUCUUAGGUGAAGAAACUUUAUACCGAUAUUACUUUGUAUGUUGGUUGUAUCAAUCUAUCGGCCUAUAUGGUCAUAUGAUGUACAAUAUUAAUGUAGAUACCUUAAUAAGUGGUUUGAUUAUGAUGGCAAUUGCCCAAGUGGAGAUUGUACAUCAUGAAAUUAGUACGAAACUAACAGCUGAAAGAGACGACGAUGAAACUACCGUAAAAAUAAAACUUAGAAAGUAUUUGAAGCACUACGAACUGUUACUAACUUACACAUCAAAACUUCAAGAGUUAAUAACUAUAACAAUGUUCAUACAACUGGGAGUUGCUUCAGCUAUUAUUUGCGCAAUAUUGUGCAGACUUUCAGUGUCGGUGUCUGUGGAUCUUAUUGUAACAUUGACACCGUUUAGUAGUGCGAUGAUUUUGCAAAUUUUCGUACCAUCUUAUCUUGGAACUCAGCUCAGUUAUAAGAGUGAAGAGUUAGUCAACGCAGCGUAUACAACUGAGUGGAUUCAUAGAUCAGAAAGUUUCAAGAGGAGUCUUAAACUUUUCAUGCAAAGAGCUCAACUGAAAAUAUCUUUAACUGGUUGUGGGUUACUGCCGCUGACCUUGUCCACGUUUACUUCGAUUAUGAAGACAGCGUACUCAUUUUUCACUCUAAUAAGAAAUUUUCAAGAUCGUGAUUAAUUAGGUAAAAACCUAAUAUUAAUAUUACCUAGUUCAUUCACUCUACAAUGUAUACCUAAGUUCACGUAGCUGAGAUCUACAUUGCUAACUCCAAGAACGUUUUCGACCGCAAACACUUAAACGGAGAACAUUAUUAGUAUUCAUUAUACGAGACUGGAUCUAAGAGCCUCUAAGAAUUUAAGACGAGAGAUUUUACUAGCAGUCAUUUCCCGAGCUCAACCCCUGCAAUUAAAACGCACCCAAAGGGUUGCACCGCUCUCAAAAUUGCAAACACGUCCAUUGUUUUAAUCUACUCCUCCACAAUCCAGAAGGAUAUA